CCGGCUGCGGAAAAACAACUGCUUUGCAUCAUAUUGCACUUCAAUUGCAUCUUUAUCAAGAUUAUGACAUUAUUGAUAGUCAUGAUCCCAUGGAUUUGAGAAAUUAUUUUAACCCUGAAAGGAAACAGAUAUUUGUCUUCGAUGAUGUUUAUGGAAAAUAUAUGUCAGAACAGACGAAAAUUGAAACUUGGUCGAGAGUUUCAGAGCAGAUAACCAAGAUCUUGCAAAAAAACACUGUUAAGAUUUUUUCAUCAUGUAGAUCACACAUAUAUAAUCAAAUUGAAAAAGACGAUAAUAUCAUUUGCAGAAAUGUUUGUGAUUUGUUGUCAGAUGAACACAUUUUAACUGUUGAUGAAAGGGUCCUUAUUGCAGGGAAAUACCUUCCUGAAUAUACUGUUGCUUCCCUUAUGCUAACAGAAUACUUUAAUGAAUAUGACUUUUUCCCGCUCCUAUGUAAGCUUUCUGCUAACAAAACAUCAAGUGAUAUUGAAAAGUUAUUUUCUAGACCAGUUGAUUUUGUCCGACAAGAGUUACAUUCUAUGAUGAAGCUGAGUGAUCAAACAACUGCAGCUACGUUAUUUUUAUUUGUAAUUUACAACAACUGUUUAACAAAAGAACAUGUAUGUAGAACGUCUGCAAUCAGAUCCAUUUUACAUGCUUUGUCAGAGGAGUUUAAAAUUCCCUCUGUUUUUUCUAUCAAGAUAGUGAAACGUCAAUUAGAGUUUUUAAUGAAGUCUUACGUCAUUGAAACUGAAAAUAAGUACAAAGUUAUUCAUGAUAAAAUCUUCGAUAUUAUUAUUUCUUUUUUUGGGCAGUUCAUGUUUGAUCUCGUAAUUGCGUACGCUCAUCCAGAUGUAAUACGUGAUCGUUUCCAAUUUGACUCUAUAGGAGCGCCCUUAAGAGAAAAUAUGAUUAUUGUAUCUGCUGAAAAGGAAGAAGACUAUCUUGAACGUUUGUGCACAGAUAUGAACAAAGGCAAUGUUGAAAAUGUAUUUUUAAAUCGCCAGUUACAAUACCAGUUAUUUCGAACAAAACUUAUUUCAUGGUUUGAAAAGAAAAAAGCCGAUCUAGCAGGGCCAAUGUCAAUGCAUUCAAACAAGAAGUCUUCUCCAUUGCUGAUAAUGACAAAACAAGGAUACUGCGAUAUGAUCCGUAUGUUAAUAGAUAUGAAUUUGAAUAUAAACGUGUGUGAUGAAUAUCAAAGAACACCAUUAUUUAUAUCAUGUUGGGAGGGAAAUGUAGACGCAGUUGAUUUACUAUUAAACAACAAAUGUAACCCUGAUCUUUGUAACAAAUAUGGCAUGUCUACUCUGUAUGUUGCAUCGUGGAUGGGGUUUCGGCCUAUUGUUAAGUUGCUGUUAGAAAGUAAAUGCAAUAUGGAUAAUGAUGGACACAAAAAUUGGAACCCACUACGAAUUGCUGCAAAUUCAGGAUACAACAAUGUAGUCGAAUUAUUGUUAACACACAAUUGUUUUCAUAUUCCUAGUAUGUUUGACCUUAAAUUACCUUUUUGCAUUACUCUCUUGCAGAAACAUUUACAAAUGGCAAAAUAUAUUUUAAGACCUGCUUGUUGUUCAGAUACCUGUACCAAGUAUAGUAAGUCAAUAUUAAGCAUUGUUUUGCACAAGAUGCAUGCAAUGCUUUUUAAAUCUUUUAUUGAACCUUUAAAUGAGAAAGAUAUAGAACAGUGUUUCAAAAAUGAUUUAAUUCAAAGACAUGUUUUAACAUUAUUAUCAAUGCACAAGUGUUAUUCUGUGUGUUGUGAUAAAAUUUUUACAGAGUAUAAACUGUCCUUUUUAAUUUCCACAACAUGUGAAUAUGAAGAUGCUGUUUCACUGCUGUUGACCGGUCAAAUUCAUGCAGGAAAUUUUUGUCAAGAUGAAAUGUCACCUCUAAUACUUGCUUUGGCAAAUGAAAACAUCUUAAAUAUGUUAUUGAAAAAAGACUUCCUUCAAGUUUGUAAGUCCCAUCAACGUCUUUUCUGUAAAGCAGCCUCGCAAGGAUUUGUUCAAACUGUCAAGUUAUUAUUAAAGUAUAAUGUAAAUCCUAAUGAUUGUAAUAACUCAGGCGAGUCACCACUUUACUUGGCAAUUAAAUAUGAUAAUAUGGGUAUCGCCAAACUGUUGAUUCAUAAUAAGGUCGAUCUAAACAUUGUUAAUGCAAAUAGAAACUCUGCAUUGUUUCUUGCGUCAGCUAAAUGCCAUACUGAAAUAGUCAAACUAUUGCUAGAACACAAGUGUGAUCCAAACAUUGUCAAUGAAAACAGCAACUCUGCAUUGUAUGUUGGGUCAGCUAAAGGACAUACCGAAAUAGUUAAACAAUUGCUAAAACACAAGUGUGAUGCAAACAUUGUUAAUGAAAACAGCAACUCUGCAUUAUUUGUUGCGUCAGAUAGCGGACAUACUGAAAUAGUCAAACUAUUGCUAGAACACAAGUGUGAUCCAAACAUUGUCAAUGAAAACAGCAACUCUGCAUUGUAUGUUGGGUCAGCUAAAGGACAUACUGAAAUUGUCAAACAAUUGCUAAAACACAAGUGUGAUCCAAACAUUGUUAAUGAAAACAGCAACUCUGCUUUGUAUGCUGCGUCAGUUAAAGGACAUACUGAAAUAAUCAAAUUAUUGUUAAAACACAAAUGUGAUCCAAACGUUGUUAAUGAAUAUAGCAACUGUGCAUUGUUUGCCGCGUCAGCUAAAGGACAUACUGAUAUAGUCAAACUAUUGCUAGAACACAAGAGUGAUGCAAACGUUGUUAAUAAAAACAGCAACUCUGCAUUGCAUUUUGCAUCAGAUAAAGGACAUACUGAAAUAGUCAAACUAUUGCUAAAACACAAGUGUAAUCAAAACAUUGUCAAUGAAAACAGCAAAUCUGCAUUGUUUGUUGCGUCAUCUAAAGGACAUAUUGAAAUAGUCAAACUAUUGCUAGAACACAAGUGUGAUCCUAACAUUGUCAAUAAAGACAGGAAAUCUGCAUUGUUUGUUGCGUCAGCUAAAGGACAUACUGAAAUAGUCAAACUAUUGCUAGAACACAAGUGUAAUCCGAACAUUAUUAAUGGACAUGGUUCAUCUGCAUUGUUUGUUGCGUCAGGUGAAGGACAUACUGAAAUAGUCAAACUAUUGCUUGAGCACAAGUGUGAUCCAAACUUUAUCAAUGAACAUGGAUCAUCUGCAUUGUUUGUUGCGUCAGGUGAAGGACAUACUAAAAUAGUCAAACUAUUGCUAGAGCACAAGUGUGAUCCAAUCAUUGGUAAUGAAAACAGCAAAUCUGCAUUGUUUGUUGCGUCAUCUAAAGGACAUCAUGAAAUAGUCAAAAUAUUGCUAGAGCACAAGUGUGAUCCAAACUUUAUUAAUGAACAUGGAUCAUCUGCAUUGUUUAUUGCAUCACGUGAAGGAAGGACUUACUGAAAUAGCCAAAAUAUUACUAAAACACAAACUUGAUCCAAACAUUGGAAAUGAAAACAGUAAUUCUGCAUUGUUUUUUGCGUUAUCUAAAGGACAUAUUGAAAUAGUUAAACUAUUGCUAGAAUACAAGUGUGAUCAAAACAUUUUUAAUGAAAACAGCUACUCUGGAUUGUUUUUUGCGUCAUCUCAAGACCAUAUUGAAAUAGUAAAACUAUUCCUAGAACAAAAGUGUGAUUAAAAAAUUGUCAAUGAAAACAGCUACUCAUCAUUGUUUUUUGUUUCAUUUAAAGGACAUAUUGAAAAAGUCAAACUAUUGCUAGAACACAAGUGUGAUCCAAACAUUGUCAAUGAAAACAUCAACUCUGCAUUGUAUGUUGGGUCAGCUGAAGGACAUACUGAAAUAGUGAAACAAUUCUUAGAACACAAGUGUGAUUCAAACAUUGUAAAUAAAAACAGCAACUCUGCAUUAUUUCUUGCGUCAGAUAGCGGACAUAAUGAAAUAGUCAAACUAUUGCUAGAACACAAUUGUGAUCCAAACAUUGUCAAUGAAAAUAGCAACUCUGCAUUGUUUAUUUGGUUAGCUAAAGGACAUAACGAAACAGUCAAACAAUUGCUAAAACACAAGUGUGACCCAAAUAUUAUUAAUAAGACAGCAAUACUGUAUUGUAUGUUGCGUUAGCUAAAGGACAUACUGAAAUAGUCAAACUAUUGCUAAAAGACAAGUGUGAUCCAAAUGUU